AUUAUAAUCUGGUCAGGAAAUUGAUUCUGCAUCUCGCCACAAUUCAUUCGUUGAAGCAAUGAUUCUAGUAGGUGUUUAUUGAGCUUAUCAAUCUGACUGUGCUCUCUAGUAGGGUUCUCCGUUUCCACCAAUCCUGUAUUAGAAUCAACAUCUUCUUGCGCCUCAGAAUUGUUAUCACUGUUAUGAUCUUUAUUUUUCAUUUGCUUGCUUUCAAAAAUACCUGGCAUUUUGAGAGAUUGGUAUUUUUCCAAUAAUUAGCGUGAUAUUCAAACAAAAUCGUAAAUAUGAUAAAUUUUGUGCAAGAUAAAGUGAAAUAUAUUUGACAAUGUAGUCUAAGUUCCAUAUAAUAUAUAAACUUGACUAUUAUUAAAACGACGAAACUCAUAAAAAAAACUUUUUAGAAUUCCCAAAAAUGAAUCAAAUUAUAAAAUUUCCUUUUCAAACUUGAAACUUUGAUUAACUCAUAGAGUCACUUUGCUUUCAAAUAAAUUUUUAUUCCGAUACUUCUCUAAUUUUUUCUAUUUAUUUCGGGAACUUGUUUUGAGAUUAUACAAUGAUUUUCACUCAACGUAAGGCAUGAUUAUAAUUUAAUGUUCUUGCAAAAAAAAUUAGAAACUGGUAUAAUUUUUAGUUAAAGUCAAAGAUAAAAUUUCAGCUUUUUGUGGAGUUUCCUUGCUUCGGUGUCAGAUACAGUUUGUCAGUAUGAAGAACCUAUACUAUAUAACUGAGCUGACUCAGUAUGGCAACGGGGUGGCACCGCAGGAUUGUCAAAAAAUUUUAGGUACGAAUAUAUAGAGAAAGCCAAAAAUGAGCAAAACAAUACAGAAAAAAAAUCAUAAAAUUUUAUUCUGUGAGAUUCUUGUGUAGAAAUGGACAAAGUUUUUAGGUGAAAUUGUGUCAAAUAAAAUGAAUUAAAUUAAAUUGUCCAAUAAUACCAUGGAUAAUAAGGAACAGGAAUUUAGUGACAAUGAGAUGCUUAAGGCUCUUUAUGAUUUCCAAGCUAUCUACCCUAAGACAAUUAGCUUUGAUGAAGGAGAAUAUUUUAUCCUUCAUCAGGCCAAUGUUAGGCAGAGGAAUUGGUGGCAAGUCGUUAGUAUGAAAGGAAAUAUUGGAUUUGUGCCAUCGAAUUAUGUAAUGAAACUUAAGGUGGAACCCGAAUUUUUAAUAAGCUUCCUUGACUCCAGUAUUGAAACACUCAAGUUAUCUACAGAGGAAGAAGUAAAUGGAAUAAUAAAUCGUAAAGAAUUGAUUCAAAAGCUCGACGAGAGAAAAAAACGAGCACAUCUUGCAAUGAAGAAUAUGUCAGAAGGAAAUUGCAAUAUUUCCAAUGAUGCAUUAACAAAUGUCAUUUCAACUAAAAAUAAAUCCGAGAGACAUGAUGCCAAAGGUUCAAUUUCCAAAAAAAGUCUCUCUAGUCCAGCUAUUGGAAUCCAACCGUCUCCUCAGCCUAUUCAAGAAAGUCUUAGCUUGGGUGUUCUAGUAACGAAGCUAGAUGAUAUUAGCAUAUCUGAACCCUCUGAGACUACCCAUACAACGACAAGUGAUAGUGAAAUAACAACAAUUUCUAAGGGUGAAGAGAAUUCACAGAAAAUUGUAAGUCCUCCUAGCGCUUUCAAUAAUUAUGAAGCUAUUGCCAUUGGAGCAAAUAAUCGGGAACCAGAGGUGACAAAUCAUACCGAUUUUGCUGAAGAGGAUCAAAGGCAGUUCAAUGAAAUUAACCGAAUCACCUCAGAUGAUGUCUACCUAAUUGUCGAUGCCAUACGUUUAAAUACAAAUCUUAGUCAUACUGAUUCUUGCAUUGCAUUGAGAACUGUACUAAGUGAAGUAAGCUCACUCAUUCCUCAAGUAGCGCCCCAGCUUGAAACCAUUACGGCUCAUCUGAAUUUAGCACCUCUUGUGGCACCAGACAAUCUCUUGGGUGAUACACACGAUUCCAGACGCCUCCGCGCCAUUUUUGCAGAUCUAGCAGAUUGUAAAAAUGAUUCUGAACAGAGGAGUUGGAUGUUAUUUGAAGAUGAAGACGAAAUUAUACAGUAUUUGACCGUUUUAAAUGGUAUUUUGAAAAAUGCUGAUCCAAAAAUUUGCUGUUACGAAAUGUCCUGUGAUCACUACCAAAGCAUUAUAAAUUUAGUACAAUACUACCAAAUGGAAACAAGAUGGACUAUCCGACGCCUUCUUUUGGAUGCAUUCAAAGCCAUUUGUCAGCUAGACUAUACAGCUGUUGACAUACUCUUGGGGUCAGUACUUCCUACAGAAUUGAUCCAAGACAUGACGUCAAAUUCCUCAAAUGUAGAACGCCUCAAAGAAUUGGCUAUAAUGAUGACCAUGAUUUUUUCGAUUGGACUCAAAAUGCCAGUGACACAUGAGGAUCAUUUCGGAAAAGAUUUUCUCCUUUUUGUGCUAAAUAUUAUAGAGAGUCCUCCUGCAACAGAUAUAAAUGAAAUUCUGCCGGAUGUAAUGAUCAAUCUGGUGCUGUCUUUUAAUCUACAAUUCGAUCAUUUUGCCAACAGUGUUGUUCUUGAUGCAUUUCGUGAAAUGAGAUCGGCAAAAACAUUCACCGAAAAACUUUUAAUGCUUAUUAACCGGGAAACUGAUCCCGUAAAAAUGCUAAAGCAUACAACACUUGCAGUCAAUUCGGUUCUUAAGAUGAUUGUUGAUCUCUUUGGAUCACCAGAAACAGCUGCACUUUUCUAUUCUAACGACAACAAAGUCCUCAUUGAUAUACUUGUAAGGCAGCUUUCAGAUUUGAAUCCAGAAAAUCCGUUACGUCGAUGGUAUCUAGAACUAUGUAGAAGAAUUUUGAGGAACACAGACUAUGCAGAUCAUACACAUCGUAAACAGGAUCUCAUGAAAAUAUUUACCAGAAUUUUUUGCGAAGAAAUGGAAUCUAGUCUGAAAGAUCAACAACUUGUUCGAGAAAUUGCCAAUGAAUUUCCUCAAAUUUUUAAAGCCUAAAAACAACAAAGAUGAGGUUCGUCUUAAAUGUAUCUUGCUCUAAAAAUAUAGCUUUCCUUUUAUUUAUAAAAAAAAGUAGUACCUAAAGGAUAACAAAAUAGUGAGAUACAGUAGAAAAGUUCAUGCAUUUAAAAAAAAAUAUAUUGAACUCCAGUUUUAUGAAAAAUCUCUAUGAGGUCGAUUGGACCUACUUAUUUAGACAUAAUCUUGAAUCAUGUACAAUUUAAGAAAAUUUUCCAUUUAUCAAUUAACCCAUUUCUGUCAUUUGUUGCAUUUCGAAUUGAUUUAAAAAGAAAUUUAAAAUUUAAGAUUGCUCGAAAUUAGAUUUUAGAACAUAUAGAUUUCUGAACCAAUAAUUCCUUAUUGAUACCAAAACUUUCUCCUUAUAGGGUGAAGGGGUGGGUUAAAAAAAAAUACUUUCUAAAAACGGGAUCUAUCAUUCCUGAAAUUGAUCGAAUACACAAGGAGCCAGACAGAAAUGGGACAAUUAUAAUCUUUACACAAAUAUCCAUAUUAGAAUAAUACAUAAAGUGUUUUGUGUCAAACCAAACUCAAUUCCCAUAAAUUUACGGAUAUUUAGAAAAAAAAAGUUUAUUAGAUAAUAUAAAAAAUAAUAUACAACACACAUACACGUAUAUGUACCUAAUAGAAUUAUUAAAGAAAAAUAGUUCUUACUUUUUCCUAAAAUUAAGUGAGUUCCAUUGUAUUUACAUAUAUAUUCCCGUUGUUAGAUCUUUGAUAAGUACAUAUAUUAAUUUAAAAAAAUUAAAUAUUAAAAUCCUAUUCAAAAUUCAGGAUUAAAUGUUGGGAUUGCUAGUGGAGUGUAAUGUUAACCUCAAUGCUGGUCUAUUUAUGUUCAUUAAUAAAGUCUAUAAAAUAAUAAAUAUAUUAUUCAAUUCAAA